CAAAACAAAAUGAUCCGAUUCCGUGACAAAUGUUAAAUUCUUUCUUAUUUUUCAUUUAAAUAUUAAAAUGGAGAUUAAAUAUAACACUAAACAGCUGAUUGCUGUGGAGUAUCCUGGCACAGUUGUCAAUCUUGAGAACAUGACGAAAACACUUGGAGGUGAAAGCAAAUUAUUUUCGAUGUUUAAUACUCCCACUAAACGCUUGGAAUUGAAAUUUAGACCAGAGGAUCCUUAUUGCAAAUGCGUUCAUGGGGAUAGAUUUAACACUACAAAUAUUUUGUUGAAAAUAGUGAAGAAAACAAAAAAAUCAAAGAAAGAUACAGCAGCAUCCAGUGAUAAUGUCAAAUUCGAAGUUGAGUUUCUGGGUGCUGCUUGUACAACUUACAAGUUUAAAACUCUGGUUGAUUUUCAAGUACUUCCAGCAGCUUUCGAUGAAAAUAAACAGGAAUUUAAGUCCUUGCUUUCUGAUAUAGUUCCAACAAAAUUACAUCCUGCUUCAUGGCUUGAUCAAGACAUUGAAUUGUUUUUGCCACCUCUUAUGUACUCACGAUUUGACUUGCCGCAAAAUGGUUAUAUGGACAUUAUUAACAAGUCUAAAAUUGAUCCUUCUGUCGAAGCCCGAAUUCCUGCUAAUGUCAUUGGAAGAAGCAGGAAACGACGAGCAGGUUUUGCCGUUUUUACAACUUUUGAAAGUACAGACGCUUGCAAUGAGCCUCAAACUGAAGCAAUUAAGCAGUUGCAGCUGUAUCCGAUCGAAAUUGACAUCAAGAAAAGACUAGAAGUUCUUUUUAAUAAUGAGCGUCCUAUUUGGACUAGAAAUGGUCUUUUGACUAAACUAAAAUGUGAUAGAAAUCGAUUGAAGCACGCUUUACCUUGCACUGCCUACUAUUUUACCAAUGGACCAUGGAGAGCAUCAUGGGUAAAAUUCGGGUACAAUCCACGGAAAGACAUUGCUGCUAAAAUCUAUCAAAUUAUGGAUUUGCGAAUAAAUCCAAACAUACCUGUAGAUGAUAAAUUAAACAGAAGAAGGCAAGCGUACUAUACUUUGCCCAACAAAAAUUCAGCUGCUGCAAUUAAAGUUCCAAAAAUAAGAACUGAUUUGCUAGCCGCUCCAUCAACUAAAGAAGAUGAAUCUGAUGAUAAAAUACGAGUAUUACCUUAUGAAUAUUUCCCUGGGAAAUUGCCGGUAUCCAGACAGUGCUUUUUCCAGCUGUGUGAUAUCUAUCUUGAUUCUGUUCAAGAGUUGGUUCACCAGAAUGAUGGCCAUGAACAAGUUUGCCUUGAAAAAGACGGUUGGUGUGAACUCGGAACCUUAGAGAGGUGCAGGGAGCUUCUUAUUGCCGAUAUCAUAAAAACUGUUAAGGAAUCUAAAGAUAUGGAUAGUUAAGCAUUUAGGGCAUAUUUCAGUAAAACUGUAUUUAACUUUUAAAAAGACUUAUAACUGCAUUUCAUUAUUAAAAAAUUUGAUUGAAACUGAGUAGUAAAAUGUUCUAUGUGUGUUUAUUUUACUCAUUUUGUUAUUCUCUAAUAUUUUUUUUAUAACUGACAGACAAUGUCUUUUAUACAGUAAUAGACCUUUGAGGUGAAAAAUAUAAAUAUACUAUAGUUUGCUCUCUGUUUAAUAAUGCUCUACUUAACGACUUUCUCUAUUUAACGACGACUUUUCACAGUCCCAGAAGGCAGGGCCGGAUUUUGAAGUGUGGAGGCCCCUAAUCAAGGUUCUAAAAGAUCAUCAUAUUUUCAAAAAUAUCCAAUACUUAGAUAUAUAUCCGAAUAUUUUGAUAUAUAUGUAUAUAUCCCAUAUUUUCGACCCGUGAAAAUUAGGAUAUUUUGGAAAAAAUUUAUUGUGGUGGCCCCUUUGUUGUGGAGGCCCAGGGGCAGUUGCCCCGCUUGCCCUCCCCUAAAUCCGGCCCUGCCAGAAGGUCCACUAUAGUGUUAAAAGCAUUCUAUUUAAGGACGCUUUCUACUUAAGGACGAUAUUUUGUGGUCCCUUGUAAGUCGUUAAACAGAGAGCCAACUGUGUUUUUCUCAUAUCCCUAUUGCUGUUACAGUGAAGGUUUUGGAAGAUAAUUACUUGUUGCAAGCUCAAUUUAAUGCAUCAUUUUUCAUUAGUAAAUGCAGUUUUUACUGCUAGUGGUAAUCCGAGAUGUAUUUAUUGCAAUGUUAUUCUUUUAUUUCAUUGCAAGCUUCUAUUUUGCAUUUCCUUUGGCUAUUGGGAGAAAUAUGUUUCAUAUAAAAAAUAUUAAUUUAUCUCUUUCUGUGUUUAAAUAGAAAAGAUAUUUUUUGAAUAUUUAUGUGUACUUCAUUAAUUUGGCUUUUAUAAAGUUGUUUAAAUUAAAAAAUAUUCCUGAACUUGAAUUUUGCUGCUUUUCUAAAUUUACUGCUGAGUCAGUCUGUGGUAUAAAUCAGUCUUUGAUUGUAAUUAACAAAUGUUUUGCCAUCUUUCUUUUCAAAUCCUCUCCCUCUAAUUUUCUUUAAAACAUCAGGAAAAAAGGUUAUAAUUUAUCUUUUAUGCUGAUAAGUUUAUCAUUAAUACUUGAAAUUUCUGUAUUAUUUCUUAAAAAAAGUUCUUUGAAUUCAACUAAAAAUAUUAUUUUGAGCAAAUAAAUAUAGUAGACUCUCGUUUUAUGCGGGGGGUUAUGUUCCACGGAAAUGCUGCAUAAAUCGAAAAUUGCGUAAUUCGAGACAUAUUACUAGUGUUAAAAUAGGGCUUAGGUUCCGUAGAUUAAAAAAAUACUUCAUUCUAGUGAUGACUAAUUGUAUAAGUUUAAUGUACUUAUAUCGAUUUUUAUGCACAAAAUGCAUAAAGAAAACAUAAAUUAAUUUCGUCUUUUGUUUAUACAGAAAAACUGGCGACAAUAGUCUUUUGGCAGUCAUUAAUAAUUUUUCUCUGUAAUUCUUUGCAUAUCAUAAACGAUUCCAUGAUCACUUAUGUCAUUUCCAUGAUAGAAUCUUCCUUUACUAACAAAUCAGAAAGAUCAUUUCUUGUGUCUAGGAAUGGCUCAAAAUUUUCAAUGUGAAUGUUUUUGGUUGUGUGUCACCGAUGUCGGUAUCCUUGUUGAUUUUGUCCUCCUAAAUGCUCUUCUUCCAGUGAGUUCUGAACUAUGUGAGUUUAAUAACUUUAUUUCUGGAAAGAACUCUGGAACCAAUGGCAUAAAAUGUCUCCACUGGCCCAAGCUCGAUUAUUAGCACGCCAAAAUGCAGUUUAUUACGCAAAAUCUACAGGAGAUUAUGCGUAAUAAACUGCAUUUUGGCAUGCAGAAUCUUUAGGAGCUUGGAUUUUGAAAGAGGGGAAAAUGUUAUUUGUUUGCAUUACCGCAUCCGCGUAAAACCGAAACUCAUCCGCGUAAAAUAAAAUAAAAGUGUCAAAUCUUAAACCGCAUAAAAUAAACCAGCGUAAAACGAGGGUCUACUGUAUUUUUUAAAACUUAAUAACAUCUAAAUCGGUUAGGCCUUCCUAGUGAAAGCAAUAUAAAAAUUGAGUUCUUUUAGAACAGCAGCUAGUUUAAGUAUUGGGGAUGUUUUUUGAGAAAAGUUUGGGUAAAGUUUUAUAUGUAUUUAAUUUCUUGAAUAA